GGAAGUUAGAGUCAGCGGCAUUUCCCUUAAGAGAGAAGUGUGAUAGCGAGGCUCAAAAACAAAUAUGGCGGACCUUGCGUAUCUGAACCCUCUGCAAUGAAAUGGGGUGCAAAUGCUCAAAGUUCUGUUGGCGAACUCGAAAUGAAAGAACAGAAACUACAAGAAUCAAGAUUAAAGGGACUGGAAAUGAUAGAAAUGAUGUAAGAUACCAAGGUUCAAGUACAAAGCUCGAAGAACGUCAACUGGUAGAUCAAGAGGCGAAAAACGGACUUAUUCAAAAGGGAAUAAAUGAGGAAAUUGCGUACGAACUUUUACUGUUACGUGGGAAAGGUUCUUUGAAGACCACCGGGGAUAUUGUGGCUGUUUUGGAAAAAUGUAAUGUAAAAUACAAAGUUGAGCUCGAUAAUAACAUUCUUAUUGGUGUGGACUCUUCGGGUGAUCUUAGCGUUGAAAAGGUUGAGAAAAAAGAUAUUUUCAGUUUUGAAAAGGACGAGAAAAAAGAUUCAGAGGAAAAAAUAGAUUUGAACACAGCAUCUGAAGAGCUUUUAGAGUCUGUUAAGGGCAUCGGACCAACUCUUGCUCGAAGGAUUGUUGUACAUAGAGAAGAACAUGGCCCAUUUGAAGAACUAGAAGAUGUUAUAUCAGUAAAAGGCGUGAGCAAAAAACUUUUGGAUAGUAUAAUAUCACAAGUGACUGUCAAAUUAGCAAAGACUCCUAAAAUUCCCAAAGUUAUUCCCCAUGAAACAAAUAAUGAAACACUGCGGAUUGCAUCAUGGAAUUUGAAGUCCUUUAGUUUUGAUAAAGCAGAGCAUGCCGGAGUUAAAGAGGUUAUCUGUCGUACAGUUUUAGAGAAUGGACUUGACAUACUGGUUAUCCAAGAAAUUGGUGACAAUGAUGCUUUGAUUAAGAUCAAAGAUGAAAUAAACAACCCAACAAGUGAAAUUGUGAAGACCCUGAAAACUGGUGAACAACAGUGGGAAUGCUGCACAUCAGACAUUGCUGGCAAAAUGUAUCAGUCUUGGGAAUACAAUGGAUUUCUGUGGAAUGCUGCAAGAGGUAUCAGCUUAAAGAGCUCUGCACUUCUUGAGAAACCCAAGAAGGGCAAAAAGCAGUUUGCUAGGAGGCCAUAUCUUGGUUUCUUUCAGGCUAAGAAAUUUGAUUUUGUCCUUGUCAGUGUCCACUUAAAAGCAGCAGGACUAGGGAAUUCUGACUUAGAAAGACUUGAGAAAGAACUGGCUAGAGUUCCUGAGUUGAUAACAGCAUUACAAACUCACAUCCCAGGAGAGAAAGACUUGAUGGUUCUUGGAGAUUUUAACCUUGGACCAGAUACUGAAGAAUUUGAUGCCAUGCGGAAAGGCGGGCUUGCAAAUUUGAUUCCAGCGUCCACUUUCACCAACAUAAGCACCAAAAACAUGCAGGGAUCCGAGAAUUAUGAUAACAUCUGGAUCAGCAAGCAUGCUAAAUCACACCAAUUUACUGGGAAGUCAGGAGUGAUCAGGGAGCGUCUUACCCACCCCGCCAUAGCUGAUGGUUGGCGCUGGAAUGGCCUCGUUUCCGAUCAUUGUCCGGUUUGGGCCGAGUUUUAUUGCGACCGAGAUUUUGACGAUGCCGAAGGCCUUGUUAGUGUUGAUGACGUCGCUAUUGAUGGAAAAUAAAUCUUUGAUUAAUACGAAUUAUAUUUUCAAAAAGAGAACUGUAUUAAAAGAUGGCGUAUUGAUAUUUAUUAUAUCAAGGACGACAAAAUGGGAGCUCCUGUGGUCAAUUAAACCCCACACUAGCUCACAACCGACCUACCACCCUGCCUCUAAAGUGUAAAGUAUUGUUGAUGUAACCUAAGAGAUCACAUAAUUCACAAGCGUCUUGCACACUGUUAGAGUAAAUAGUAUUGAAAGAAGCGUGUUUCACAGAACAGAAUAGAAACGGCGCGUGAAAUUUCCUUUCCACCAAGCAACAUGUGAUGACUUUUCCAGCUUUGGCUGGGUCCCAUGUAUUUUACGUUUUCUAUUCUCUUCAUCAUUUAUGAAUUCUUGAUGCUUAAAUUAGUUUAUAUCAGCCUUUAAUUGGUAGAAGAAUGGCCACACAAGAGUGCGGAUUAAUUUUCGAACUUUCUAAUAGAUAUCGAAAUAAACUCGAUGAUAGUCGCGCUGAUCUUUUUCAAGUUUACCAUCACAAAUUCCGUGUACGUGCUCCCUCUCUUUGUUUUAACUCUGUGAGCUACUUUUUUAGUUCUACAGUUUUCAGUCUUUCUUUUGCUAUAUUUAUAUUAAUUUAGUUAGCAGUUAGUCAUUGGUAAAACUGCCUCAAAUAGUAAUAAUAAUAAUAUAGAUCAAUUUCUAUAGCCCAUUUCUAUGUAAUUCUCUAAUGCGCUUUACAACACCGUGCGUUGGACUUUUCCAGACUUCCGGCGGCAGUUUACAAUAAAUAAAGAAGAAAUUUUACAGAUGCCCCCUUCCCCCAUCAUUCAAAUGAUGAGGAAAUGAACGGAUCAAUGGAAUGCAGUUUGGACUUUCCGAAUAUCUAAUUCUUUUGUAAUCCACUUUAAUCAAACGACACCCUCGUUAAGUCACAAUCGGGUAAAAAAUUGGUGUGAGUAGGUGUCUAUUCCUCUGUUGUUUCUACAACUCGGUCCGAUCAUCGAAUUUCCAAAUAGAGGGGUCCAAACCACGCCCACUCUAACCUCCCGCCCUCCCUUCUUUAAUUAUAUGAGUAAUUAUAUACGAUCUUGUUGUUGCAAGAGUUUUAGCGUAAGAUAGGUAGUAAAAAAUGUACAUGGUCCGCCACCUGCUAGAUCAAGCUAUACGACGCCUGAGAAGUGUUGAAGACAAAUGGUGUUGGUGUUUGUGUAUGUAUCUUCAAUUUGCAUCUAGAACAAAGGAGAUUGAAAGGUAAAGGGGAGGCUAACAAUUUGGUUUUCUCACCACUUUUUUCCGGAAUACACUAACAAGUUAUUUCGUGUGAUGCUUUGAAAUGUUAUUAAAAAAAUUCGGUGUUUUCUGUAUUCUUGCCUGUACAAUACUGGGGAAGGCUACAUGAAAAGCAUAAAAGUUUUGGCGUUGAACGAGCCCUAUUAGAGGAGCGGAAUGUAGACUGGAUUGACACGCUGGGUACAAUACAAUGUGGCCAAACAAAACAACUAAAAUCAAGCAAAAUUUUGCUAUGAGAUUAAGACUAAAUUUGCGUUUUCUGAUUUCGAAUUACUAAUGUAUUUCUCUUAGAUCGAAUAAUCUUUAAAGUUUGGAUAAUAUUA